GAGGUGGGGUCAGACAGAGCCUAAAUAUCACUUCAUCCUGAUACUGUCCAGGGAAAAUGAAGUGAAAGUUGCUCUGAAAGCUCCAGGCUAUAAGCGUGCACUGCUGGGAAGGCAACGUUUUCCGUCAUGUAUACUCUAAUGUGUAGGGAGCGGUAUGUACGGUAUCUUGGUGUCUGUGAACUAGGAGAGGUAUCUAUCAUGGUUUUUGCCUAUUAGGAGGAGAGUCUCCAACAUCAUCUUCUCUACAGUUUAUCCGCCAUUGUCCCCACCCAGUGAAGGGUGGACAAAGCUGUGCUUGAUGCCUCAGCAAGACAGUUGAGAGAUCUCCAUGCAAGCCAGAAAAGAACAAGCAUCCAGAAUAAGAUUCGACAUGGGGGAGUGGGGCUUCCUGAGCUCAUUGUUAGAUGCAGUGCAGGAGCAUUCUCCCAUGGUGGGACGAUUCUGGCUGGUGGUGAUGCUGAUUUUCCGCAUACUGAUUCUGGCCACAGUGGGCAGCGAUAUGUUUGAAGAUGAACAGGAGGAAUUUGUGUGUAACACUUUGCAGCCUGGUUGUCGGCAGGUGUGUUAUGACCAAGCUUUUCCCAUCUCGCACUACCGAUUCUGGGUCUUCCACAUUGUGCUGCUGUCAGCUCCAGCAGUGCUGUUUGUUAUAUAUUCCAUGCACCAGAAUACCAAGAUAGGAAGAGAUGCUGCUGAAGAAGAGGAGGCUCAGCAUGGACGACAAGCCAGUAUAAGAUCCAAAUUAAAGUCUGAGCAGCGGGGACGCCACAUAAGGACUUUUUACAUCAUCAAUGUGGUCAUGAGGAUACUGGCGGAGGUGGGUUUUCUGGUAGGACAAUGGCUUCUCUAUGGGUUUAAAGUAUCCCCGGAGUAUGCUUGUGUGCGCUUACCCUGCCCAAACACAGUAGACUGUUUUGUAUCCCGACCAACAGAAAAGACAAUUUUUCUACAAUUCUACUUUGUGGUAGGGAUCAUCUCUGCAAUUCUCAGUCUGUCUGAACUGCUGCACAUUCUGGUGAAAGGAAAAUGCCGCUCCAGGGAUGGUCUGGGACCUAGCCCACCUCCAGCCUAUGAGAGGGAUAACUGGUCCAACAGAGAACAUGAGAGGACAAAUCAUUUUCUUUUGCAGAGGCAAACUAAUGAUGAGCGACGGGCUAGCGGAGCUGGUGGCCACCGGCUUUCCAUUGCAUAUCCUCCAGGCAGUGCCUACAAGCUUAAAGUGACCCCUAGCACAGCUAUCAGCAGUAAGUCAUCCAGACUGAUCAAAGGGGACUUAACAGUAUAGAGAAGGCAUGAAAGUAACAGAGGCACCACGAAAGAUGCCAUCAUAGUGGAGUGAUGACCACCAUCUUGUCUUUCUGGAUGAUUUGUGUCCUUGGUUCCGUACACAGGACUCUAAAAAUAACUCUUACAGUAUUUUGUGCAACCAGUUCAAACAUUUAGAGUAUAAUCACCUUAUAUUGUAAGAGAGAGAGACUAUUCACAAGGUGCCUUUUUGGUUUUAGAGUCUCAUUUUGUAAUCUUUAUUGCUAUUUCAGUAGACAGAUGCAAAUCUAAAGCCUGGUCGUCGAAACUGUCAAUGAAGCUAAUGAGGCGUAAAGUGGUAGAACACUCAAAAAUGUGGUCACCUAGCUUAAAAAAGAAAAAGCACUAUAGUUCUAAGCUAUAACUGCCUGGCAGAAAGCAGCAUUAUAUCACUAAUACAGACUUUGGAAACUCUCAGAUUUCCCAUACAGAGCAGUAUGAACUCUGCACGAGCCCAAUUGCACUAAACUAGGCAAAUAAACUUUCUUCACUGGCAUCGCCUAUCGUGAUUUACACAGAUUAUAAAAAGGACCAGAUCUAAUAAAGUGUCAGGAUUUAUGGUAGGCAGGAAUGAGGGCAGGCUGGGAUUUGUAUAUCAUAAGUCUCUAUACUUCAGUGGAAUGUGUACAGAGAAUUCUACCGCUGAGCCUGAGUAUCACCAGCACAAGACAAAGAUACCAACCGCGUCUCCCUUAAAUGGCAAAUAAAUGGAAAAAGUCCGACGGCUUGUUAAAUAGACACAUAAAAGUAAAAGCCUUCCACAUAAGCAAAAACCGCCAUGACGUCUGUAUCUUGUACCUUCUCUGUAGAGGGAAACAAGGUACACAAAUAAGACAUACUCACCAUACACAGUAUAGUUACAGAAAAUAGCCGAUUACUUGUUAAAGGGUCCUGAAUCCUCUUCUCUAGUGUCCUCCCUGGCAUUUCACUAGAGAGUCAUUUUACGGCAGUUUAUGAUAUCCCCUGCACCUAAUUUAUGGCAAGAUGCAGGCCUCAUCAUCAAUUAGACGUAUCCUCCGGCAGUCCGUGCGCCUAUACGGAAAUCUACGCAGCUCGUAGUUGAGUUAGAUUUCAGUCUUCUUUUACGCCAAAACUGGUAUAAAAGAAGACCAAUGCUCCGGGCCGGUGGCCUUGUCCCCUUGCCACGCCCCUUCCCUAGAUUUAGGUGCAGCAGCAUUGACAUGGGGUUUGCAAGUUUUUUACAUCAGAAAAAAAUGAUACAUUUCCACCUAUGCCUUUGUGAAACUAAAUGGCAUAAAAAAAUAUAAUAAAAUAAAAGGAUGCCACACCUGUCCACAAAUUGUGUGGUAUUACAACCCACCCCCAGUCAUUUCAACAAAGCUGAUCUGCAGUGCCAGACACAACCCUUAGACAGGUGUACAGCAAUCGUCUAUUUCCAGAAUUGCCAUAGAAAUGAAUGGAGCGGCCUCGCGCAUGUGCGACUUGCCGUUGUGCUCAUUUCACGGGGGCUGCAGAGGGUACGCAAUAGAUGUUAAAAGCCUCCUCUCUGGGGUCCUUCCUGGUGUUUCACUAGUGAAUAAAGAUAAUGGGGGUCAUUUAUCAAAGACCGGUUUUGUACGCCAGUCUUUCAAUAGCCCCCUGUGCUGCUGGAGGAAGUGCCUAAGGCCUUGUCCUAAAUUAGGUGCACCUCCGGCAGUCCAUGUGCCUGGAGUAGUGGCCCUGGCUGGAGUAGUUUUCAUUCCUCUUUUAAUACCUGUUUCUGGGCAUAAAUGUUAGUAAAUUUGUGGGGCUGAUGUUCCUGCCCAGGCCCCCACCAUCGUCCGCCACUCCCAUUUGUGAACUGAGGGAUUUAGGGGGUCAUUUACUAAUAGAUAUACGUCACUUUUUAUGCCUGUUUUAGGUGUAGAAAAUGGUCUAAAUGUUAGACAGCAAAGGAAGCUGGCAUAAAUUUAGACAGGCGGUGGAUAUGCCAAAAUUAUGUAGAGGCCGGCACCACUACAUAAAUUGGCACAUCCACCGCCACCUAAAGGGGUAUUAAGACCGGCGUCUAAAACGCUGGCCUUAAAUAACCCCCUUAGUUUACAGAUGCUGGUGGGCAUGGGAUAGAGCUUAGGGAUCUGUGCAGCCCCUCCUCUGUCGUGUCAUCCGCAUUAGUGAGAAGAAGUAUAAUAUAGGGCAAUCCACCCCAUCCUCACCAGCUAUCGUGAAACUACUACUCCCGGACUUGGAGAGCUACGGGUUGGGGACCACUAACACAAGUCCCCUUCUAAAAGUUCUUUUGCACUAAAAAUGUAUAGAUUUGAAAGCAGCGUUUCUAAAAUUGCACGCAUUGUACAUAUGUAUAUAUUAGCAGCACAACAUUAAACUGGAUAGUAUGAGGAAUAGCUUGCAGACACGAGGAGCGUAGGACAAGCAAUAGCGUUUCUUAAGACUCUGUCAUAUGAGAUUGUCGGUCAUUGUGUCUUACUUUGUGAUUAUUGGCUUUUUAUGCAAAUACAUUUUUUUUUGUAAUGUGUUUCAGUAUGGAAAUCUUUUACAGCAGACACGUAGCAGACAUAGGAGUUACUGCAUCCACUGGUUAUGGCUUCCAAUACAAUGGGUUAACGCCACAAUACACAUUCUGUAGUAAAAGUAUUUAAUCUUAUCUAAUCUGGUAACCACUAUUGUUAGGAGAUUGGGUGAUACCUAGUCCAUUCAUUACAAUCCCAAAGACAUGGACAUUAUAAGCAUCACUCUUAGGGUCCAUUCACACGUCCGCAAUUUCAUUCCGCAUUUUGCGGAACGGAAAUGCAGACCUAUUCAUUUCUAUGGGGCACCCGGACACAGAAUUGCGGGUCCGCCCUUCCGUUCCGCAAAAAAAUUGAACAUGUCCUAUUCUUGCCCGCAAUUGCGGACAAGAACAGGCAUAUUCUAUUAGUGCCGGCAAUGUGCGGUCCGCAAAAUGCGGAAUGCACAUU